AUGCAUAGGACCAAAUCCCAUAGGUCUCGGGGUCCCAUCCACCCUUCUGAUGGUUUUACUUACUGUGAUCUUUGGUUGCACCUCGCAGCUGUUAUUUUCAUGUCUGCAGCAGUGGCAGUGAUCCCUGUGUAUGUCAGAGCACGCAACCUAAGACACUGGUUUGAACUGGCCCUAGUUCUCCUGGUGAGUGCUUGUCCAUGUGCUCUGGUGCUGUCGACACCUGUGGCAACCUUCUGCGCGCUACUGAGGGCCGCGAGGACCGGGCUCCUCAUCAAAGGAGGGGAUGUCCUUGAGUCCUUGGCCAGUAUCAAAGUUGCUGCCUUCGACAAGACUGGUACAAUCACUAGAGGCGAGUUCUCUGUCGAGGAGUUUCAGACAGUUGGUGAGCGUGUUUCGAAGCAACAACUUAUUUACUGGGUUUCAAGCAUCGAGAGCAGGUCGAGCCACCCAAUGGCAUCUGCUCUUGUUGGUUAUGCUCCAUCAAACUCUGUAGAGACAAAAUCAGAAAAUGUUGCUGAGUUUCAAAUCUAUCCUGGCGAGGGGAUUUACGGUGAAAUUGAUGGAGAGGGCGUAUAUGUUGGGAACAAAAGGAUCUUGGCAAGGGCAUCGUGUCAAACAGUUCCAGACAUAGUAGAACACAUGAAAGGAGUUACCAUCGGAUACGUGGCCUGCAACAAGGAAUUGAUUGGGGUAUUCAGCCUAUCGGAUUCAUGCCGAACUGGGUCAACCGAGGCCAUCAAGGAGUUGAGAUCAUUGGGCAUAAAGUCAGUGAUGCUUACUGGCGAUAGUACUGCCGCUGCCACACAUGCGCAAAACCAGCUGGGGAACAUACUAGCCGAGGUUCAUGCUGAACUUCUGCCAGAAGACAAAGUGAGAAUUGUUGAUGAACUGAAGGCAAGAGAUGGCCCUACACUGAUGAUUAGCGACGGCAUGAAUGAUGCCCCAGCACUGGCUAAGGCUGAUGUUGGAGUCUCCAUGGGUGUGUCCGGUUCAGCCGUCGCAAUGGAGACGAGUCACAUUACUCUGAUGUCGAAUGACAUCCGCAGGAUCCCAAAGGCUAUCAAGCUGGUCAGGAGGACACACCGGACCAUCGUCGUGAACAUUGUCUUCUCGGUGACUACGAAGCUUGCAAUUGUUGCACUUGCGUUUGCCGGGCAUCCGCUUAUUUGGGCAGCAGUCCUUGCUGAUGUUGGCACAUGCUUGUUGGUGAUCAUGUACAGCAUGCUGCUACUGAGGGAGAAAGGCAGUGGAAAGGUGGCGAAGAAAUGCUGUGCUUCUUCUCACUCAAAAAAGCAUGAGCAUAGUACUUCCCACCACCACUGCUCCAAUGGUCAUCAGCAUGAGCAUGUAUCUGCAGGCAAGCAUUCUUGCCAUGAUCAUCACCAUGAGCAUGAUCACCACAAAGAGCCUAGCAACCUGCAUUCCACAGACAAGCAUGGCUGCCAUGAUCAUCACCAUGAGCAUGAUCACCAUAAAGAGCCGAGCAACCUGCAUUCCACAGACAAGCAUGGCUGCCAUGAUCAUGGCCAUGGCCAUAGCCACUGCAAAGAGCCGAGCAGCCAUUAGAGGGAGGGACGAAGUGUAUGGAUGGGGAAGAUUACUGAUGGCGCACCCCCAGGCGGUGCGCCAUUAGAAUGUUUUUUUCAUAGCAAUGGCGCACCAGUGGGACAGUGCGCCAUAA